GCCGCGUCCCUUUGUUGGCUCAGCGGCGGCGGCGGCGCUGUGUGUUGUUGUCCCGCGGGCAGAGGCAGGCCGCGGCGCAGGAGCAGCCAGGAGCCCGCGCGGGGGGAGGGCGGAGGGUCGGCGCGGGCAGCCCCGGGCCGCCGCCUCGCCAUGGACUCGGACGAGGGCUACAACUACGAGUUCGACGAGGACGAGGAGUGCAGCGAGGACAGCGGCGCCGAGGAGGACGAGGACGACGACGAGGAGGACGACGAGCCCGACGACGAUAACCUGGACCUGGGCGAGGUGGAGCUGGUGGAGCCCGGGCUGGGCGUAGGAGGCGAGCGCGACGGGCUGCUGUGCGGGGAGACGGGCGGGCUGGGCCCCGGCGGCGGCAGCGGGCUGGGCGGCGGGCCGGGCCCCGGCGGGGGCGGCGGCGGCCACGAGCAGGAGGAGGACUAUCGCUACGAGGUGCUGACGGCCGAGCAGAUCCUGCAGCACAUGGUGGAGUGUAUCCGGGAGGUCAACGAGGUCAUCCAGAAUCCGGCAACUAUCACCAGAAUACUACUUAGCCAUUUCAACUGGGAUAAAGAGAAGCUGAUGGAAAGGUAUUUUGAUGGCAACCUGGAGAAGCUUUUUGCUGAGUGUCAUGUAAUUAACCCAAGUAAAAAGUCUCGAACACGUCAGAUGAACACAAGGUCAUCAGCCCAGGACAUGCCGUGUCAGAUCUGCUAUCUGAACUACCCCAACUCGUACUUUACUGGCCUAGAGUGUGGACAUAAGUUCUGUAUGCAGUGCUGGAGUGAAUAUUUAACUACCAAAAUAAUGGAGGAAGGCAUGGGACAGACUAUUUCAUGCCCUGCUCAUGGCUGUGAUAUCUUAGUUGACGACAAUACAGUUAUGCGUCUGAUCACAGAUUCAAAGGUUAAAUUAAAGUACCAGCAUUUAAUAACUAAUAGUUUUGUAGAGUGUAAUCGACUGUUAAAAUGGUGUCCUGCCCCAGACUGCCACCAUGUUGUUAAAGUUCAGUAUCCUGAUGCUAAACCUGUUCGCUGCAAAUGUGGACGUCAGUUUUGCUUUAACUGCGGUGAAAAUUGGCAUGAUCCUGUUAAGUGCAAGUGGUUGAAGAAGUGGAUUAAGAAGUGUGAUGAUGACAGUGAAACUUCCAAUUGGAUUGCAGCAAACACAAAGGAAUGCCCAAAAUGCCAUGUGACCAUUGAAAAAGAUGGAGGCUGCAACCACAUGGUCUGUCGGAACCAGAACUGUAAAGCAGAGUUCUGCUGGGUGUGUCUUGGCCCUUGGGAGCCACAUGGAUCUGCCUGGUACAACUGUAAUCGCUACAAUGAGGAUGAUGCAAAGGCAGCAAGAGAUGCACAGGAGGAAUUAACACAGCGAUCCAGAGCAGCCCUGCAGAGGUACCUGUUCUACUGCAACCGCUAUAUGAACCACAUGCAGAGCCUGCGCUUUGAGCACAAACUCUAUGCUCAGGUGAAGCAGAAAAUGGAGGAGAUGCAGCAGCACAACAUGUCGUGGAUCGAGGUGCAGUUCCUGAAGAAAGCAGUUGACGUCCUCUGCCAGUGUCGUGCCACACUCAUGUACACUUAUGUCUUUGCCUUCUACCUCAAAAAGAAUAAUCAGUCCAUUAUCUUCGAGAAUAACCAAGCAGACUUAGAGAAUGCUACGGAGGUGCUUUCUGGGUACCUGGAGAGAGAUAUAUCCCAAGAUUCGCUGCAAGACAUAAAGCAGAAAGUACAAGAUAAGUACAGAUACUGCGAGAGUCGACGAAGGGUUUUGUUGCAGCAUGUGCAUGAAGGCUAUGAGAAGGACCUGUGGGAGUACAUUGAGGACUGAGACUGGCCCUGCAUAAAAUGAACUCUGAAAACUUUUACCAUCUAGAGUGCUCAUGCAAUUAAAACAAAACACACACAAAAAGAGGCACUAUGCCUAUUACACCGCUGGGUCUGUAGUACCGGGAUUCUGUUUUGCUAACAGAAAAUUUAAGUAAAUUAUAUUGUAAUAAAAAAGGUAGAUAAACCAUUGUACAACAGUAUUCUAGGCGGCCAAUAAGAGUGUGACAGACGCACUAAAAAAACCCUCCAACUUUAACUUGUAACGUAGCUUCAUUCUCCAAGCCGACUCCUUUUUUUCUUUUUCUUUCUUUCCUGUGUGUAGUACAGAUGAAAUUUAAACCAGUUUCUUGACACCGCUUUUCAUGUCCAAACCAGCCAUUUUGAUGUACUUUGGUAAGGGGUUCUCCCUCUCCCUCCUCCUCUCACACACCCAAGUUCAUGAAUGAAUGUUGAUUGGCUCAUUGUAAAGAUGAUUCUCGGGGAGGGGAGGAGGGGGGUACGCAGCAAGGAAAAAACUUUGUAUAUGACUUUUAAAACAAAAAGAGGACAACACAGUAUUUUUCAAAAUUGUAUAUAGCGCAUAUGCAUGGACAAAGAGCAAGCGUGGCACGUGUUUGCAUAAUGUUUAAUUACAAAAAAAUAUUUAUUCUUUAAAAAUCUUCAAGAUUAUGUCUAUUUGCUGUGCAUUUUCUUUGCUUUUUUUUAGCCCUGGGAUUGGGGUGGGGGAAGCGUGUGUUGGUGUAGUGACUCUUUUGAAGGCUUUUACCUGAAAAGUUGAGUUUUUCCUCUUCCUGCAUCUUUGAUUCCCUGGCCUCCAUGGUUUGUGUGUCCAUUGCUGGCAACGGAACCACCCCUUCAAAUUUCCAGCUCCUAAUGCAAACUGAUUAACUUGGUGUGCAUUUCAUUAGAGAUGAAUGUAUGUUAUGAUUCAGGAUGCUGUCUUUUUCACCCAGAAUGUUACCAAAAUCAGACCUAGCCAUUCCCAUGCACCCAGGACAUGCGCUCUGAACCUGGCUGAUGUUCAAAUCCAUGGGAAGUGUGUGUUAGGAAUUUUUCUUUUGAUGGAGGAAAAGGGGGAUUCUCUCUUACGCCACUUCUUAAAGAGCAUUGAAAGAAUUCAACUGUGGAUCUUUUCUCCCUCCCCCUUUAGCUAUCAAAUGGAACAUUCCUUGCUGUUUUUAAGUUUCACUUACACUAUUACAAAUCGUGACGUUGAAAAGGAAGAUGGUGGAAUUGUCUGUUUGUUUUGGGCUCAGUUAUUGGGCAAACUGUCCUGGCAAGUAUUAAACACUCCAUCUAGUGCAGUAGCAAUUGAAAUCAUUGGGAUAUUUUUUCAAUUAAAAGGGGUAAGAACUAAUGAGUUUUAGCUACUGAGUCCAUUUUUAUUAUUUCUGUAACAAGAGCUAUGUUAAAGUACACAAUUGGUGGUGGUUUUAUUAAAUUUACUUCUGUAUAGGAAUCCCUUCUGUGGUAUUUUUCACCAGGCCAGUGUUCUAAAAGCUUGCUGAUAACCUACCAAGUGAAGGGGGAAGGAAUAAAGAGGGGUAGCUGAGGCAGUCUACAGAGAGGUCCCUAAUAUAAAACACCAGUUUCUGCUGAGGUGUUGUUAGCCAUUUCCUUCAGCUUUCUUGCCCUUGGAGAGGAUGCUGCUAAAUGCUGACACCUACAGCAGGUUAACUUUGCACUUCCACUCCUGCUGUGCAUCGGCUUCCCCUGAAAGGGCUUGUUUUCCUCAAGCCCUCUUGCAGAAUUGCACUGAAGCAGAAUGACCACAUGCACCCUCACAACUUGUGUCCUGUACCCUUUUCUUUAGAAGGCUGCUCUGAGGGAAAUUAAUCCGAGGGUGUAUGUCUGUACAGUGAAGAGCUCUGUUCUGACAGGCUGGGCACACAACAACGAGGACAUCACUAAAGGACAUCAUCUGGCCUCACUUCUCAUUAAAACUGCUCUAUCCUUGCAGCUCUCUGCCACCCAAACUUUAUUGAUUGGCUCUUGAAAACAUCAGACCCAAAAUCUAUAUUUCAGGUUUAAAAUGUAAAUCAAAAUGUUUCCUAAAAUAGCAUCUCCACCUGGAGCUAACUGAGGGGCACAAAUAGCUGUGCUGAGUGGGUGGAUGGGGGGGGGGUCCCCUGAAAAGAAAUGUUCCUCAGUUAGCUGUUGAAAUUUCCAGGGGUCAGGUUUUAUCCUAUUUGCUUACUGUCCCAUCACCUGAAACCCAAUGUACACAUAAGAACUUCAGCUCCUAAAGAUGAAGGGAUUUAUUGUGUUCUUAAAUCUUGAUCUCUGUAGACCUCAUUUAAGACAACUGAUUAAAACCACCAUCUCCCAUGUAGUGUUUAUGUUCUGCAUAGGCUGUCUGUCACUGUUCACUUGCUGACCCUUUAUCCCAGCUUUCAAUACUCUAAUUCUCCAUAUUUAUUGAAAAUUAUCUUUUUCAGUAAUGCCAGCUGGGCAGAGUCCCUUGCCCAGUCUGAGACUGAUCAUUCACAUCAGCUGGCAGGCCCUUCCCUUCUUUUAAGGGCAAAUAUUUGCAAUUAGGAUACAUGGACUGGAUGCUUGACAGCAGCAAUACGCAAAAUUGUGAAUGGGCCUCAAUAAAUUACACUGGGCUAACUUCAUGACAGGGUCCUACGAACAGAAAGCAGAACAGCAACACGAGUAGCUUGCCUUCAGAACCCUAAAUCCCCUGUAACUCACUGCCGCUCUAGUGGUUUCUAUACUAUCUGGAUCAAUGACUGUUUUAGUACAACUGUUGCAUUAGAAGUUAGUUAAGAGUGCUGUAGAGCCACCCCCACAAAACACACAUACACUAUCUUAACUGAGCUCUCAGCUGACCGGGCCCUAUUAAGCACUUGCGUAGGGUGAGACAAUCAGAUUGGUGGGUGGAUUGAUCCAGGACUCCUAACCUCCAAUUUUCCAUAGAGAGAGCACCUCAUGCUGUGGAAAUAACCGUUAGGCAAUUUCAUUGUAACUGCUGGACUGUUCCAUGUUAAGGUUACAGAGGGAGAGAAAGCAUUCCUAAUGCUAAUAAACUUUUAUUUUGUUA